CGGAGGCCGAGGCGCUGCAGGAGGCGGGGCUCCCUGUGGGUCGUCUGACCAUCUCAGCCACGCGCUCGUCGCCCUCAGCACGCCGCUCUCUGGAUCAGAAACACAAGGCCGUGCUCACGAGGGAUGACCCCCGUGUUCCCCCGGCCUCCCAGAGAUGGGGUCGUCUCGGUUGCUUCCCGGAGCUCCACCUCUCCGUCUCUCUUGUAAACAUCAGCAUCAACAGCAUCGACAACACCUGGACUGUCCUCUCUCUCUCUCUCUCUCCCCUCUCUCUCUCUCUCUCUCUCCCCCCUCUCUCUCUCUCUCUCUCUCCCCUCUCUCUCUCUCUGUCUCUCUGUCUCUCGCAGCCCAAAGGGAAAGUCGGCACAAAGGGAAAGAAGCAGAUCUACGAGGAGAACGAGGCGACUCUGAAGUUCUACAACAGAGUGAUCCUUGGAGCUAACGCGAUAUAUGCUGCCGUAAAUCUUGUGGUUUUCUACAGUUCGUCUACAUUUUGGACUUGGCUCCUGCUGCUGUUCGCUCUCGCCGUGUAUGUCGGGAGUUACCGCUCCAUGUCGGCCAUGGCCAAGCCGGCGUUCGCUGAGGACGGAAGUCUCCUGGACGGAGGAAUCGACUUAAACAUGGAGCAGGGGAUGGCGGAGCACCUGAAGGACGUCGUCCUGCUCACAGCCAUCGUCCAGGUGCUCAGCACGCUCUCCUCCUACUGCUGGUGUCUUUGGAUGCUGGCCCCUUUCAGAGCCCUCCACCUGCUGUGGGUGAACUUCCUGGGCCCCUGGUUUCUGGCAGAAAGCCCGUCGGCACCAGAGGAAGUGAAUGAGAAGAAGCAGAGAAGACAAGAGCGCCGCCAGAUGAAGAGAUUCUGAUGCUGAGGCAGACGAGCAGUAUUUUUUAAACCGAUAGCGAGGGACUCGUGGAAGACAUUUUGAAGUUAAACUCUCCCAUCUAUUAAAUGAAAUGCUCCCUUUUCAGAUAAUGUCACGGUCCGAAUCUCAUUUAUCUUCAUGCAAGGAUUUUAUAUUUUUGGGUUUUUGCACAAUCUCGCCACACAAUCUGCAGAUUUCUAGAAAACAUUCCUCAACAGCUGCCUGACCGACGCAAAGAAACGAGGGCCGUGAAUAUAUGGAGUCAGUUCCUCGUGAUGGGAUGUCUUUUAUUUUCACUUAAUUGUAUUUGUAAAAUAAUUGAUCAUUCUUCAUCGCAGAGUUGAUUGUGUUUGAGCUUCUAAGUCUUCUAAGAAUCAACUUGACAGAGUUCAAGUUAAUAAAAAAAUAACCUUUUGUGCAAUAAAAAAGGAAAUCCUUCCAUGUUGAUCGUCAA